GAAAUUUUACCGAACCGGCGUACAAGUUGAAACCGUGUAAAAUAUCGAUAUCGAGGAACGCGUUUUUCUAACGGUCAAAACCUACAACGCUUUGGAAUUGUUCCAGAAGCUGUUCUAACAAAGUUAUUAGAUCGUGAAUUAGCGAAAAUGGUUUUGUCACCUCGCGAAUCCGGAAAACUAGUUGCUUCUCUCAGCAAAAAUGUUAAAAUCAAAGAAGAAGGUAUCCAAAAACUGGGAGAUGUGCUUGUGGCGGAAGUUGAAAGCGGAAAAUUAUGCUCCGAAAACUUCACUCAAAGCAAGUUUCACCCAAAACCUGAGGACCCUUGGGCUCUUGAUUGGUUGUUUGUUGUGGAUACGCUGAACUUCUGCUUCUGGUCUUUGGAAAAUGAGCCUGGUUGGACUGUUGAAGGAUACACUGGGUACUUUGCUCUUUGUGCCGCUAUUAAUAGAGCGCAAAAGGAAAAAGUUGACAUUUUGAACCCAAAAUUCUACUCAGAAGUUACUGAAAAAGAUCUCGCCAAAAUCUUCCGGAGCGACAAUGACGUCCCAAUUCCUCUCUUCUCAGAACGCGUCAAAUGCCUCCACGAAGUCGGUAAUGUUCUCCUGGAGAACUUUGAUGGAUCUGUUGAGAAUCUCGUUAAAAAAGCUGAUAACAGCGCAGUCACUCUUCUGGAUCUCAUUGUAAAUAAUUUUAAAUGCUUUAAAGAUGAGGCCAAAUACCAAGACAAAGAAGUGGCUAUUUACAAGAGGGCACAGAUUUUAAUUGGGGAUAUUUGGGCGUGCUUCAAGAAUCAAGACAUUGGGCAUUUUAAAGAUAUUGAUGAAAUUACAAUGUUUGCAGACUAUAGAAUCCCUCAAACCCUGUUGUAUUAUGGGGUGUUUGAGUACACCAAUGAGCUUUUGAAAAAGUUGGAAGAUAAUGAGACUCUUGAAAAUGGGGAAGAAGAUGAGGUGGAAAUACGAGCUUGUUCCAUACAUGCUGUUGAACUUUUGAAAGAGUAUGCAGCCAAAAAAUUGAAAGAUAAAGAAAUCAAUGCAAUUUUGAUUGAUCAUUUCUUGUGGGACUUCAGGCGAGAGCAUGCCAAAGAAAUCUUGGAGAAGAAAUUACCAUUCCAUAAGACAUUUUCAGUUUUUUAUUGAGCGUCAAUUAAAUAAUUGAGCUCAUGCUUUUUUAGCACCAUAAGUUUAAAACAGAGUUUCUGAAAAUGUACUAAUGACUUAUUUUUGUCAAUUUUAAAUUAGUCUCAAAGAUUUAAGUUCACCAUAGGUUGUAGAAGUAGAUGUUUAAUUUAAUAACGAGUGACAAAGAAACAAACUAGUUGUGUAGUAAAGUUCCUAGAACAAUAAAUAAAUGUAGUUCCGUCA